AUGGAUAUUCAAUCUCAACAUACCAACUCUUACUCAUUGGGAACACCUGAAAAUCAUAUAUAAAUUAAAUUAAUUCAAAAUCUCGCCAUUUUAGAUUUAAAUUUGAACUAUCUGCCCAAGGGAUCAGCUCCUAAGGUAGAGUCAUCGUCUUAGAGUGACUUAUGGUCCCGAAGAGAGAAGACCAUGUGAUAGGCAAAAUCUGUCUAGCCCAGGAAAAUCUUUGGAGCAAAACUUCCCUCUUGACAAGGCUUCCCCAGUCCUGAAGGCCUACUUCAAAAAGGGAUAGAGGCUUUUUUUUUCAUUAGGAUGGGUCCUACCAGCCACAUAGGGAGCGAGUCUCGGAGGCCAAUUUCUGCUAACGUCACCAUUUUAUUUUUUAUCAUAUAUAAGGAAUCUUAGAUUAUCAUCUUCAAACAUCCUGAAUGAAUUAACUUCAUUGCUUGAAAAUGGUCAUGUAAGACUAGGGAUAUAUCUUUACAACAAGCACAAUUCUGAGUCUGAAAAUUUACCAAACCAUAUACAAGAUAUAAUCGCCGCCAUACCUCUCACAACCCCAUUAAAUGAAUUUUCUUAUUGAAUACAGCUUAAAGUAAUUCCAAAUCUAACAAAAAAUCAAUUAAUUUGUUUAGAGAAAUCAAUCAUAAAUCGAGCAAAAAGCAUUGAAGCCAUUUCUAACUACCAUGACGCAUAUGCAACAACAAAGCUUAUAACCCAUUCACCUAUUUUUGCAUGCAGACUUGGAAUCCCAACAAAAAUUUCAACAAUAGCAAACGCGAAAAUCCGCAGCCAGCAAGAAUUUUCACAGUAUUUUCCAUCUGAAGAAUUUCUCUCAUUUCAAUCAAAAUUGAAAUUACUAGUUGAUAUGAAAGAAAAAUACAAAUUAUCACUGUCGCUUUCUAAUAAUUUUUUAGACGAUGACUUUUCAAUAGCAUCAGAAAUGCUAAAAAGGGCCAAAAAUGGAGAAGAGCUAUCUGAACGAAUUUUACAGCUAAAAGAAUAUGUAAAAGAAAGGCAUUUAGAUCUUGACCAAGUCUUGCUUAGCCACUUGUACUAUAUAAUUGAGCAAAUGGAAUACACAAGCAAUCUAGAAGACCAAAUAGCGAUCGCCAUCCAAAAUAUCCAAGAUAUAGAAUUGAAAGCUAGGGGCACAGUCGAUCUUUUGCCUCAUUCCAAAAAGCCAAUCCCUCCGAUAUUUGUAGAAAUCCUUGAGUAGACUAUAAUUAGUAUGGUGGUGGAGACAAAAUAUGUCUUUGCCGACGACGUACCGCUUUGGGCGCGAAAAUGGAUUUAUAGCAUAAACCAAGGCUCAGGCCCUUUGAUUCUAACCCUUGGCUUGCUGGAUAGCAGCUUUAUGGGAUGGGUGGUUUUGGAAUCAGCUGGUGACCAUUCCAGUCCAAGUAUUAUUUAUCCAGUUGGUUUUUUUUUUUAGCUGCGAGCUCUUUCCCUACUGGUUCCAGAGGGUUGUGGUUCUUUUUCCUAGGUACCAAUCUUCCUCAAAUGUGGUUAACAGGAGGCAUCGGGCUCACUUUGCCGAUAGCACGCAAGGCGUACAGCACCGAGGGGUCUUCCUGUUGAUGGGACUCAGGCAACCUAUGCUACCUCUGGCAAGCAAGGGUCCGGCGAUCGAAAGAGUGUGGAGAUAUCAAAUCUGGAAAACCCUAACUCCACCCCUCCCCUCCGUGAGUGAACAAAAAAAUUUUGUUCACGGAGGGGGGUUAAUUUUUUUUUUUUAAAAAAAAUUUUUAUAUAUAAAUUUUAUAAAAACAUUUUUUUUUUUCGAAAUUUAAAAAAAUCCUAAUUCGCAAAAAUUGGAAAGCAAAUAUCAAUUUAAUUUAUAAAAUUUAUGUUUUUAAAACGCAAUUUGUUUAAAAUUAAACAGAAUUAGCUCUAGAUUUCAUUAUGCUAAUUAUCACUUAUAUAUCAAAAUUUUUUUCAAUAAAAAAUUUUUCUAUUAAAAACAUUUUUGUUCACUCACGGAGGGUGGGUUUUUGGGCAAAAAAUGGUGAUUUUUCUAAUGGUUUUGUUCACUCACUGAGGGGGGGGGGAGUAAGACUCUUAAUUUAAUUGAGCAGUCUCUUGCAUUUCCAACAUGCUAUAAAUCUCAGCUUCUAACCCAAAAAGGACUAGUAGAUUUUUGACAAAUAAAUGCGAAAUAUAGUGAGCAUGACAUUAUAGUCAGAGACAGAUUUCAAACUUCAGCUUUUUUCCUAUAUGUACUAAAGUCAGGUGACAGCUCAGCCCUUCAAGAUGGUCUUAAAAUUUCACAAGUUUUCGAUUGACUGAACUCUGAAGACGCUUAUAGUGAAUAUAUAUUUGAACUAAUAUGCAGAAAUAUGGAAGAUAAAAUACCAGAAAUACUGAAAGGGAUCAAAGAUGAAAAAGAAAGGAUUAAAACUGUGGAAACGGUUUAUUGGAGAUGUGUAGCUAUUGUUGAAGCUCAAUUUAGUGAGUCAUUUCCUUGGAGCAGUGAAUUUUAUAAUUUAGGGAUAAGAGGGGUCAUAUUUUUAGGAGAAUAUAUAUCAAGAUCUGACAAAAAAUCAUGAAAGGAUUGAAACAAAAGCCAAGCUUGCGCUUUACAAAUAAAGAAGCUUGCAAGCGAGUUUAAAAUACAUUUGACACUUACUGAAUUCGCUGAUGAAAAUAUAAGGAUUUCUGUACUUAUAAAGUGCCUGAUACCAUACUUGAAAAGCUUGUCAAAUAAAAAUGAUGAAAAUAAUGUCUUUGAAAAAUCAUCAGGGAGAAGAAAAAGAAAAAGAAUUGAUGGAGAAACUCCUUCUAAGCGGCUUCAACAAAAAUGUCUAAGCUUGUCAAGCUUAUAUUACUUAACCGAUUUACUUCAACUUUCUAGAAAUACUUUUCAAAUGCAAGCAGCUAUUCAAGCUUCAAAAUUGGGAAAUUUUAUGUUGUCUCUAUCAUAUCUGCAAGAAUUGAUUCAAAAUUCUCCAUCUAAAUAUAUACCUAAUUGCUAUGAAUAAAAGGAUUCAUACUGAUUAGCUGUUAUCUUAUUUUCAUAAUGUCAAAACGAAUAAGGGACAUUAUGGAAAUAGGAUAAUGGUUACUAGAGGUAUGUUUUUUAUUCAUAGUAAUUAGGUAUAUUUUGUCUGCAAUUAAAGAAGUAUCAUUAAAUCUGAUUCAAAACUGCACUGAAACAAGCAUCCCAGCUAUGAUUUUACCUUAUAUUAGAUGGGCCCUUUCCAAAUGCCCUCCAGAAGAAAUUUCUGAUUUUCUCCAACUAUCAACCGACAUAGAGCGUGCAGGCUGGAUAUAUCAACAAACAGAAAGCGAAGAUAAAGAAAACCGCAACGUAUUUAAUGAAGAGCAAAUGUUUCUUGACACCAAAGAAGUGAUUCCACUUGUUCGAAAUUAUAUUCAAACCCGAUCUUCUCACAAAGAAGCAGGCACUAAGCAACUUUUUGAUGUUUUACACAGGAGUGGCUGCUUAGUUCUUGCCACAAAUCUUCUGCUUGAAUCGCCAGAACUUAUAAAAGACCAUGAGAUUAGAUUAUAUUAAGCGUAUUGUGUUUAGAUCUCAAUCUCUGGAUUCUGCAGUUCGAAAGCAAGCCAAUCACAAAUCUCUAGGGGUGGCUGAAUGCAAAAUGUCUAAAACCUGGGUCGAAGCCUCCAAUUUCUAGAGAUAGGUCCGUUGGUUCAAAGGACUUUGCUGAACUCAUCCUUUUCCAACCCCAGCGCCAUUUUUUAGUCAAUCCUGCGAGUCAGUCAGAUACCCCAUUUUGGAACCCUUUCAACUGGAGAGGAUUUAUCACAUAUAGAUUUUGUCCACGUUUUCCCUUAAACACCCAAAGGAAAACUCAGCAGCUUCUUUAUUCGAGGCAAGGCCAAAUAAGUGCUUAGGCAAAUAAGUUACCCUGCCUCUAUCAGACAUUCAUUCCAAAAAAGAUGUGUGAAAACUCUGCCAAACCUUUAUAUGAAUAUAAAAGAUCAAUCAGUUGAAGAAAUCGCAAGCGUGUUAUUAAAUAAAGUGUUAAGUUCAAGAGAAAUUGAUUAUUCAUUAGCUUUAGGGAUUACGCUUUCAAUGGGGCAUGAUAAAUCAUUUGAGUACUUAAAUAGAUCUUUGCCUCAGAGAAAUAAUGAGUACUCAAAGACACAAAUGAUUUGCCAGCUGGGUCAGGAUUCUGCAAUACUGUGGAGAGAUCAUGACCAAGCUGGAAACUGGAAAAACCACGAAGCUGCAUCAAGGUGGACUCAUACGUUGAAUUUGCUGAAAAUUCCUUUUGAUAAAACUAUUUUAAAUGGCAGAGAACAGUCAUUGAUUGAAUUAUUUCCUCAGAUUUUGCAUAAAACUGAAGACCUAGACAUGUGCUUAGAGCUUUGCAGGACUUAUAAUAUUGAUGAGAGCCAUGCAUUUUUGGCAUACAUCGAAUUCCAGCUGCUUAAUCCUAUCCUAAAUAAUAAAAUCAAAGAGCAUUUAGACUUGGAUCCUGAAGAGCUCUCUGAAUAUAUUAAUGAAAGCCCUUUUGAUGAAUCAUAUAAAGAUAAAGUUGUAGCUGCUGCAUAUGAUAUUAAGCCUGAAGAGCUAUUAGAUCAUCUCAAAGACAGAAUUUUACCUAGAGUCGUUCACUUAGACUAUCCAAGGAUUCUUUUCAUAUUCUCUUACCUAGUAAAUCUUGAUAGAAACCAACAACAAUUUAAAAAGUAUUAUGCGACUAUUGAAAUUUUAAGCCAAUACAGACGAGUCACUCAGCCAUCACAUGAGGAGAGAUCGACUAUAAUAGAAAACGCAAGAGGAGUCACCAAAGAAGUCCAGAAAGUCUACUCUGCUAUGAAUUACAUAUACUUUUCAGCUGAUUUAUUCAGCCACAUAUCUUUUUAUUGGGAAUUUUUCCUCUUGAAGCAAUUCCUUGACACGAAUUUUUUCUAGUUAGAUAUUGUUUGAAAAAUAACGGGUUUUGUCGGGAUAACGUCUGGCAAGGAAAAAGUUUCGACCAAAUAGCGCCGAGAAAAUGCCUGCCAGGAAAAAUCACGACCAAAUUCAGUACUACUGAUUUAUUCUUAACUGAUCCCAAGUCAAUACUAAAUGAAGAACUCUCAUUAUCUACACUUGACACCCUAAUAAAAUUUGCUUCAACUCUAUCAUUGGAUGAAGAUUGGUUCAGAGUAAGAGCCAUCGAAAAUAUGUUUCAAAAACACACACAUUCCUACUCCGAUAACAAUCGCUGUCAUUAUUGUCCUCAAUUUUCAGAAAUUAAACAAACAAUAUCCCAAAUAAAAGCUUAUAAAACAAAAUGCGACCUUUAUGAAAAAAUUGCAAAACACUACCCUUUAAGUGAAGAUUUUUUAGCUUUAAAGCAAGCACAUUUAAAAGUGCUGAGGUCAUGGUAUGAGUGAUGUGAAAACAAUAAUAACCAAGCUCUGCUAGUAAAAACAAAAAAUGCUAUUGAGAUCAAUGAAGGGAAACUGAGUGUCUAUUCAACAAGAUUUGAGCUGAAAAAGUAUGGGCUUGAGGCAGAAUUUUCAGCUGUUAUUGAUAAUCCUAAAGAAUUGAUUAUCGCUUUAUAUUUCCGUUUGGUUCCAAGAGUUUAUAACAGAUUAGAAAGCUUUAAAAAAGCUGAUUUGGAUUACUUAAUCCAGUCUAUAUCAAAUAGGUUUCAAAUAGAUCUUGUGCAGCUGAAAUACGAGCUUUUAUACCAGUGGUUAAAUGAAGAGCCAAAAGAGUCUGAUGAGAAUAUUGGGAAAAAAAGAAUUGGAGCUUAUAGCUUAACUCAUUAUUGUGCUGAUAAUGCUGAUUUGCUAAACGAAUUAAGGAUAGAAUAUCUUGCAAGGGCAAUUGACAGAAAUUGGAUUUUUAAGACUUUCUUAAACUAUGGGGCAAAUCCUAAAAACUCCAAACUCUCCUUUAAAACUAUUGCAAGAGCGGUAACAAUGCUUCUAAAGCUUUUUUCUAUGGAAGAGCUUGAUGAUUAUAAGCAUUUAUUUCCAACAGAAGAUAUAAAGCUUUAUUUACAGCACCUUUAUUAUAUGGCUGAUUUAGAAGUUCUUAAAAUUCCUUAUGACCUGCAAACAUUGUUAAAAUGCGACAAGCUCACGCUAUGCAAGUCCUUAUAUAAGCAGCAUUCAAGUGAGUAUCGAACAAUCCAAUUAAUAGCUGGAAUUUGUAUGGACUAUAAACUCAAAGAUGCAAAGCUAUGGGAAAAUCUGCUUGAAGCCCUAUUAAAGUUCAAAGCCUAUUUAGUUUUGUUAUAUAUUCUAGAAUGGCUUGGGAGCGAAGGGAUUUAUAGGAGUAUUUCUUCAGAUAGUGCUGAUAUAAUUAUAGGAAAAAGCUGCGAAGAAAUGAUCUACUUUUUGAAUGAAAAAGGUGCUAAACUUGAUAUUCCUGAAGAACAAAUAGGAAGAGUCGUUGAUAUUUGCAUUGAUUUAGAAAUCAAUGAAAACUCAAUUAAAAAAAUAAUUGAGUGCUUACUCCCCCCCCCCCCCUCCGUGAGCGAACAAAAAAAUUUUUUGUUCGCUCACGGAGGGGGGUUAAUUUUUUUUUUAAAAAAAAAUUUAUAUAUAAAUUUUAUAAAAAAUAUUUUUUUCGAAAUUUAAAACAAUCCUAAUUUGCAAAAAUUGGGAAGCACAUAUUAAUUUAAUUUGCAAAAUUUAUGUUUUAAAACGCAAUUUGUUUAAAUUUAAACAGAAUUAGCUCUAGAUUUCAUUAUACUAAUUAUCACUUAUAUAUCAAAAUUUUUUUCCAUUAAAAUUUUUUCUAUUAAAAAAAUUUUUGUUCACUCACGGAGGGUGGGUUUUUUGGUCAAAAAAUGGCGAUUUUUCUAAUGGUUUUGUUCGCUCACGGAGGGGGGGGGGGGAGUUAGUGGAAAUCAAAUGCAAUAAAUGAAUCAAUUAUGCAGCAAGACUUGCAGAUUUUUAUGGGAUUGAAGUAUCUGCUUAUUUUUAUGCAAAACUUAUGGAAUGUGAUGAAGAGACAUUUUGCGGAGUAGAAAUAAAUACAUUGCAAGAUGGAAUCAUGAAGAUUCCGAAUAAAUGCGGCAUGAUUGGCUUUAUAUCUUCUAAUAGUCAGCUAUUUGAAGAAUUUUUGAAUUCUCUGUCAUUAGAUAGCUAUUCUCUUCUAAUCCAAUUUCUAUAUAAUGAAAACAAAGAUGAUAAAAUCAGCAAAGCUUACCAGAUUUAUUCGUCAAAAAAUGCAAUAUUUCCUACAGAAAGUGCAUUUGUAAACUACUUUUUAGGUAACCAGUUAUAA